ACGGAGCCACUGUAUGGCACCGCCUUUGCGUACACCAAUAGGGUGGCAGAUGUACCGGCCCCUGUUUCUCCAGCCAAUCAACGCGAGUUGAGUUCCAAGCGUGGAUCGAAGGCAGCUGGGGGGAUUGCAGCAUUAGGAGAGAAGCCCGAGAGGUCAUUAUGCCGGCUGUGCCACCCACCACGGAUUCUGCCGCUUGCCCUCACAUUAAAGAAAACCAUGUGACCAAUGGCAGUGUGCAGGCGGAGCUUAGUGUGGACAGGAAGUGGAUUCGGCCAGACUUGCCCAGCAAGUGCACCUGGGAACUGGGAAAAGCACCAACCGACUCCCCCCAUCACCACGUGGAACUGUGUGAGCGGCCCCGGAUUCUAUCCUGUAUCCUGCAGAAGAUCGGGGACACCCCGCUGGUUCGGAUCAAUCAGAUUGGGAGGAGAUUUGGGCUGAAAUGUGAACUGCUGGCCAAGUGUGAGUUCUUCAAUGCUGGGGGCAGUGUAAAGGAUCGCAUCAGUCUGCGGAUGGUGGAAGAUGCCGAGAGAGAUGGAAUUCUCAAGCCUGGGGACACAAUCAUUGAGCCAACGUCUGGGAAUACAGGAAUCGGGUUGGCCCUGGCAGCAGCAGUAAAGGGGUACCGCUGUAUCAUUGUCAUGCCGGAGAAGAUGAGUAUGGAGAAGGUGGACGUGCUACGUGCCCUUGGGGCUGAGAUCGUUCGGACUCCCACAAGCGCCCGGUUUGAUUCUCCAGAGUCUCACGUGGGCGUUGCAUGGCGGCUGAAGAAUGAGAUCCCAAAUUCCCACAUUCUGGAUCAGUAUCGGAAUGCCAGUAACCCCCUUGCUCAUUAUGACAGCACAGCAGAGGAAAUCCUCCAGCAGUGCGAAGGACAGUUGGACAUGUUGGUGGCGGGCGCUGGAACUGGGGGAACAAUAACUGGUCUUGCACGCAAGCUUAAAGAAAAGUGUCCAAAUUGCAAGAUUGUCGGAGUGGAUCCUGAAGGUUCUAUUUUAGCAGAACCCGAAGAACUGAACCAAACGGAUAAGACUGGGUAUGAGGUGGAGGGGAUAGGAUACGACUUCAUUCCUACUGUGCUGGACCGGACGGUGGUGGAUGAAUGGUACAAGUCUAAUGACGAGGAAUCGUUCUUUAUGGCUCGGGCAUUAAUCCGAGAGGAGGGGCUGUUAUGUGGAGGCAGUUCUGGCAGUGCUAUGUCAGUGGCAGUGAAGGCAGCGAAGGACCUGAGCGAGGGGCAACGCUGCGUGGUGAUCCUGCCAGACUCUGUCAGGAAUUACAUGUCCAAGUUCCUCAGUGACAAAUGGAUGACACAGAAGCAGUUCCUGAAGGUGGAAAAACUGGAGGAAAGGAAGCCUUGGUGGUGGAACUUGAAGGUUUCGUCUCUAUCUCUCUCCGCUCCCCUCACCGUUCUCCCAACAGUGAGCUGUGGCCAAACCAUCCAGCUGCUGCGAGAAAAAGGCUUCGACCAGGUGCCCAUUGUGUCUGAGACAGGGCUGGUGCUGGGGAUGGUGACGCUGGGGAAUAUGCUAUCCUCUGUCCUUGCUGGGAAAGUGAAACCUUCGGAUCUGGUCACUAAAGUCAUCUAUAAGCAGUUCACACAGGUGAAUCUGGCUGACAGCCUAGGAAAGCUUUCCCGAAUUCUGGAGACGGAUCACUUUGCUUUGGUUCUUCACGAGCAGAUUCAGUCAGAUCACAGCGAUGGCUCCUCCAGUAAGAAGCAGAUGGUAUUUGGGGUGGUGACGGCCAUUGAUCUGCUCAAUUUCAUCACGCGAGAACGGGAGCGGCGCGUCAGUGAAUCUGGGGAAAGGGAUCUGGUGGAACGAGUCCGGCACUUCAGUGCAUCGUAACAUGGAGGAGAAUGUCCCACUAGUGUGUUAUGUACAAUUAAACCUUUCCUCCUGCAACAUAGUAAAUCAGGUUGAAAAAAAAGACACAUAUCUAUCAAGUUCAACCUUUUAACUCAAUGUUAACCUGCCUAACUGCUAGUUGACCUUGAGGAAGGCAAAAAAAACCCAUUUAAAGCCUGUAUUGCUCACUGUUUUGUCUGCUCCCACCUGCUGUUACCUGUCACACUGUAGGUCACUUAGAAUUGGCUGUUACUAUUGCACAGAUUGAUUCUGCCGCUGAACUGCACUUCAUAAAUAAAGGUCAUUGUGCAUAAAA